GAAAGGACAUCCAAAAGGCGGGGUUUACUUCACUCAGUCAUUGUGAAUCAAUAGCUUCUCUGUUUUGAGUGGACACCGAGAGGCUACAGGGGCAGCACUUGAUUUGGGAAGCGUUUUGUCUGAGAAGAAGAAAAGCUGCAGUUUUAGUCCAGGGCGGGCUAUGUGGGACAGUCAAUCUGCAUAGAGGCAGCACAGCCGGUGGAGCGUUGAGCAGAGCGCAUCCAGUUUGUAGUUGCGCUUCCCAUAGAUGUAUGUGGUGGAUGUGUGCAACAGAUCAGUGUGAAGGGAGCGACGUUUCAGCUGAUUCAAAUGUUUCAGUAGAAGCCAAUCGCCAACAAAGCCUGGACAUUUUUUUGUUGUUUUCAACACAGCUUGGACAUUUUCCAGUUAGAUUUUAUUUAAUUGUUUACCCUUUUCUCACAAACUUUAUGAAUCAAAGAUGCAUGAAUAAUGUUUUAUUUAAGAAGCAAGCUUUGAAGACUUGAAGGAAGAUCUAAAAUGGCAAUCUCUUACAUUUUGUGAAAAACGGGUUUGUUUUUCGGAGCAUUUUUGUGUUUUGGACGUAUUAUAACGGAGCACGAGACUGAUUUGAAAAUGAAUAGAGUCACGGGGAUCGUAUGUUUCAGCUUGUGGUUUCUGAAACUUAUUUUGCUGUCGACUUUAACUCAGAACGUUACAGGUAAGACUUUAAAAUACAAAGUUUACGAAGAACAAAAAAUAGGCACUGUGAUUGCAAGGCUUAAAGAGGACGUGGCUGAUGUUUUAUUUAAACUCCCAAGUUCUGUUCCUUUGCGUUUCCGAGCUAUGCAAAGAGGGAGUACGUCCUUUCUUUCUGUUCGAGAAGAGGAUGGAGAGAUCAGUAUUGGUGCUAAAAUUGACCGGGAAAAGCUUUGUGAGAAAAACCUUAACUGUUCAAUUGAAUUUGAUGUGAUUACCUUGCCUACGGAACAUUUACAGUUAUUCCAUGUUGAAGUGGAAGUGCUGGACAUUAAUGAUAAUUCACCGCAGUUUUCCCGUUCCAUAAUACCUAUUGAGAUAUCUGAAAGCGCUGCCGUGGGGACCAGAAUCCCCCUGGACAGCGCUACGGAUCCAGACGUCGGGGAAAACUCCCUCCACACUUAUUCUUUGACCGCAAACAACUUUUUUAAAAUUGAUAUACGAUCAAGGACCGAUGGUGCCAAAUAUGCAGAGCUUGUAGUGGUUAGGGAUUUGGACAGAGAGACACAGUCUAAUUAUGAGCUUCAGCUAGUGGCCUCAGACACUGGCGUGCCUGCUAGGUCUGGCUCAACGCUUCUGAAAGUCAGCAUAUCGGACUCCAACGACAAUAGUCCCGUUUUUGAAAGGCAAUCAUAUGUAAUCGAGCUGCUGGAAAAUUCUCCAUUGGGAACGGUGCUCAUAGAUCUUAAUGCAACUGACCCUGAUGAAGGGGCUAAUGGGAAAAUCGUGUAUUCAUUUAGCAGUCACGUGUCUCCCAAAAUUCUGGAAACCUUUAAAAUCAAUUCAGAAACUGGCCAACUAACUCUGAUAAAGAGAGUGGACUUUGAGAGUACAGUCUCUUAUGAGAUUGAUGUGCAGGCUCAAGAUCUUGGACCAAAUUCCAUCCCAGCACACUGUAAGAUUAUUAUUAAAGUAGUGGAUGUCAAUGAUAACAAACCUGAAAUCAGCAUUAAUUUAAUGACCCCAGGCAAAGAAGAGGUGGCCUAUAUAUCAGAGGCUGCUCCCACUGACACCUUCAUUGCUCUGGUCAGGGUAGACGACAUGGACUCAGGCUUAAAUGGGGAGGUUGUCUGCAGGCUCCAUGGUCAUGGACAUUUCAAGCUUCAGAAGACCUAUGAAAAAAAUUACAUGAUUUUGACCAACGUUUCACUAGACAGGGAGCGGAGGUCAGAGUACAGCCUGACAGUGAUAGCUGAGGACAAAGGUAUUCCCAGCAUCUCCACUAUAAAGCAUUUUACUGUCCAGGUUUUGGAUGAGAAUGACAAUCCGCCUCAUUUUGAGAAGAGCAGGUAUGAGAUCUUUAAAUCCGAGAAUAACUCUCCUGGGUCCUAUCUCACUUCGGUGGUGGCUAGUGACCCAGAUCUGGACACAAAUGGACAAGUCACAUACACCAUUUUGGAGAGCUUCAUUCAGGGGAGUGCCAUUUCAACCUUUGUCACCAUUGACCCUUCCAACGGGGCAAUUUACGCGCUCAGGAGUUUUGAUCAUGAAGAAGUUAGCAGAAUCGCCUUUAUUGUCCAAGCCAGGGAUGGAGGCAGUACGCAGCUGGUCAGUAACACGACUGUGGUUCUCACCAUCUUGGAUGAAAAUGACAACCCUCCUGUGAUUGUGGUUCCCCAGCUGCACAACCACACGGCUGACGUGCCCGUCUACAAAUACGCAGAGUCGGGUCAACUGAUCACUGCCGUCCGGGCAACAGACAGGGAUUCGGGUGUCAACGCGGAGCUGACAUGCUCAAUCGUUGCAGGCAAUGAAGAUGGCUACUUUAUUAUGGACCCCAAAAAGUGUGAGUUGCGUGCUAAUGUCAGCAUGGAGGAUGUUCCCCGUGAGCACAUUGAGAUAGUUGUCCUGGUCCAAGACAAAGGGACCCCUAGGCUAAGUACUAGAGCAGUCCUGAGGUGCACUCUGCAUGAGAACAUGGAGAGUCAUAUCCUGCCCAUCCCGACAAACAGCAGCCAGACCACCUUGGAUGCCUCCAUGAUUAUCAUCAUCUCCUUGGGGGCUAUCUGCGCUGUCCUCCUGGUCAUCAUGGUGAUGUUCGCCACACGGUGCAACAGGGAGAAGAAGGACACACGCUCCUACAACUGCAGGGUGGCCGAGUCAACCUACCAGAACCACCCCAAAAAGCCUUCCAGGCAGAUCCACAAAGGGGACAUCACGCUUAUGCCCACGGUGAAUGGCAUGUUGCCCAUCAGGUCCCACCAUAGGUCACCAUCUUCCUCGCCCACCAUGGACCGGGGUCAGAUGGGCAGCAGGCAGAGUCACCACAGCAGGCAGUCACUGAACAGCCUGGUCACCAUCUCGUCCAAUCACAUCCCAGAGAACUUCUCCCUGGAGCUUGCUCAUGCCACACCACCUGUAGAGCAAGUUUCACAGCUUCUGUCAAUGCUCCAUCAGGGCCAGUACCAGCCAAGACCAAGUUUCCGUGGGAAUAAGUACUCAAGGAGCUACAGAUAUGCUUUACAAGAUAUGGAUAAGUUCAGUUUGAAGGACAGCGGCCGGGGGGACAGCGAAGCCGGGGACAGUGAUUACGACCUGGGGAGAGAGUCGCCUAUUGACAGACUGCUGGGUGAGGGCUUUAGCGAGAUUUUCCUCACUGAUGGGCAGCACAGACUUCACCCAGCUAUGAAACUGUGCACAGAUGAGUGCAGGGUCCUUGGGCACUCUGACCAGUGCUGGAUGCCUCCCCUUCCAUCUCCGGCCUCCUCAGACUACCGAAGCAACAUGUUCAUUCCCGGCGAGGACCCCCAGCAGCCUUCAGUCGAGGAAGACCAGCAGUCCGUGGACUCCAACGACCGCAAGAAGAGCUUCUCCACUUUCGGCAAGGAGCCUGGGGGCGGGGCCGAGGCCGAGGAGGCAGAGGGCGGCGACCUGUGCGAGGGCGCCUUCCUCCUCUCCGAGAUGAGCAGCGUCUUUCAGCGGCUCUUGCCGCCCUCGCUGGACACCUACGCCGAGUGCAGCGAGGUGGAACGGUCCGGCUCGCUGGAGCGGAGGAAGGGCCACCUUCCCGGGAAGUCCUCAGCCUACCCCCAGGGCGUGGCAGCCUGGGCGGCGAACACUCACUUCCAGAACCCGGGGAGCAGCAUUGGGCCGAGCCCAGCCAAUCACAGCAGCGCCCCGCCUCCUUCAAAAUGGCUUCCAGCCAUGGAGGAGAUCCCAGAGAACUAUGAGGAGGACGAGCUGGACACCGUCCUCAGCCACCUGCAGGCCGGCCACAGCGACAGCAGGCACGAGAUAAUGGAUGCCAGCGAGCUGGUGGCAGAGAUAAACAAACUCUUACAAGAUGUCCGGCAGAGCUAGACACGGGCGAAAAUAUGCCCCCUCCCAAAAAAAAUGUUGUCUUUUCCAUAUUUAUGGGAGUCUAGGAAACCAAGAGACCUACAAUUAUCAUUCAGUUGCAUUUAUAAUGUAAACAUGUUUUGUGAAUGCUAAUUAUCCAAAUAUAUUGUAUUUUCUUGUUCGGUACACAGUGUACACAGUGUGAGUGUAAUUAUCUUUGUAUUUUAAAAAUACAUUUGUACCCUUUUAUAUUUAUAUGUGUAUAUAAAAGUCAAUCAAACAGAAGUCUAUUUUUGUACUCUUAUUGCAUGUUAUAAAAAUGUGUCAAGAUUUUGACGUCUGAAAAAUAUUGAAAUUGUUUUGUUACUGUUUUGUAAUUAUUAUUAUUAUUAUUGUUAUUAUUAUUAUUAUUAUUGUUGUUAUUAUUAUUAUUAAUUUUGUGUCAUUGUAAAUAUAAGUAUUUAUCUGGCAUGGUUCUUUAUUUUGAACAUGGGUGGUUUGAGAAAGAAACCAGUUGAAUCAUAAAAAAUAUGAACUAUUGUCGAAUAACUAUAAAUUGUGUACUGUACGUUGUGUCAUGAAUGUUUGACGUGUAUGCAAAAGAAGGUAAAUCAAGGUUGUUUGUGGGGAGACACAAAUCUGUCGGUCUGCUGCACAUGCUACAGUUGCACUUGACUUAGUUUUUUUGUGGGGGGGUAUUAAAAGCAUGGUUACCAUGUAUAGUAUAUUUGUAACUAGUGGUACCAUUCCUUCAUACCUGUUAUUACAUGACUGUGACUGAAUAGUCUUUAAGCCUGGAAUUUGUUUACACUUCACUGAACAGGUGACCACUUCCCACUUUUUAUAUUGUUGUACAACACCGUGAGAAAAACUGUGUAUCUAUAUUCUUGCGAAGAUAUGCAGAUUAUGUUACAUUAAAAUGGAUUUAAGUGA